AUGCAACAGACACCCCUGCUACAAGUGCAGAACGCCUUCAUGGGACAUUCGUUGAUCUCAUCCUCAUCCUUGGGCGCAGAUGAAGCCCUGCUGGAUGCUAUCCCUACUUUCGAUUCCGGCGCUUAUGUUCCCUUAAAUGUCCAGCAGGAUGGCAGGGACAUGGUGGGCGAGUCUGGUUUUACUGAGGGCACUUCCAAUCGGCAGAGUAAAUCAAUUACUGAGCCGACACCGUCAUCUGGAUAUUCAUCGAGCCAUCCCCACCUUAAUCAAGGCAGUCUCUUCGACCUCCGCCAGCCAAGCAUUCUUCAGGUUCCUACGAACAUAUGGACGCUCACUUCCUUUUUUUGCACUCCUGCGCUACUCGACCUUUACUUCAACGAGUUCGCAUACAGCUGGCCGCUUCUUCACCGAGGCCGCUUUUUCAGCGCCCUUGAGCAGCAACCACUCGAGCUGCUGUGCUCGGCGGCUCUGCUCGGAACUUUGUUUGAACCCAACAUCAAUGAGAACGCUGCUGGCAGCGGUAGUCAGCUGAAUCAACGUUCGGCCGCCAAGAGCUUGCAUGAGUGGUUGCUCGAGAACCUGAGCACGUACCUUAACCAGCGCCGAGAGGAAGGCCUGGGACGUGUGGAUGGCAACCGGGCGGCCGACUUUGCCGCGGCGCAAGCGCUGCUGUUGAACAUCAUCUACGGAAUCUGUAUCGACCAGGUGAUGCUGCGCGUGCGGCUCUGCUCCAGCUUUGGCACGCUCGUAGACUGGAUCCGCGAAGCCGGCCUCUUUCAGCACGAUCAUCAAAUCAUGGCCCUGAGCACAACGGGUAUCGAAAUGGACGAAUAUCACCGGUGGACAGCGAUUGAAUCCAAGAAGCGGCUCGCCUUUACCGCCUUCCGACUAGACUGCUACAUCUCUCUCUGCUACGACCGCGGGCCCAUUAUUCGCUUCCAGGAAGUGUGCGUGCCGCUGCCAUCCUCGGACGCUCUGUGGAAUUCUGCUCACCCGACUGCCUGGCGCCGGGCAUGCCAGCUCGAGCCGAACGGCCGCUUGCACAAGACCUUUUCAUCCCUCUGCACCUCAGCCUUCGCCGGUCUGACGCACGUCGCUGUGCCGGUGCUGCUGGAGGAGGACUACGAGCUUGCCCUGUGCGCUUUGCAAGGAGGUCUGUGGGAGGCCUCGCUGCAGCAACACGAGCAAUCCAUCCUCCCGCACUCAUCCGACGGCUCCAUCUGCAGAACGAGUGAAGAAAUCGCCAUUGAGCGCAGCAAGGCCUGGAAAGCGCAGCUGGAGAGCUGGCACACGCAUCGUAACCGCUCCCAGCAGGUUAACGCUGAUUACUCGUCAUUGGCCCAUCGUCGCAGUGCUCGCUUUAGCGGAACGAUGAUGUAUUUAUUCUCAUUUUUGCGGAUCCAUGCCGACAUUGUUCUCAUCCGCCGCUUGGUCGCAAGCCUUGACCUGCAACGCCGGAGGUCAGCGUCCCCAGCCGCGUCCGUAACUUCACGCUGUCUGGAAUCUCGCCUGUCAGCAUGGGCCGAAACCAGCAAUGCCAGGGUGGCGCUGAGGUGUGCCGCACAGGUACUUGAAAUCUACGUGCAAGAAGAGGUCGAUCGCGCUGCUGCCCCCGUGUUCCGACCCGUCGUGGACCUCAUGGGCGUCGGUUGCAUGUUCCGUGCUGCGUUGGUUGUGUGGGCCUACACUCGAUCCACCCUCUCCUGUGAUGCGUGCAUGGAUUCCUCUGCUGAGUCUUCCCACAGUCUACGAGGUGGCUUCUUGGGGCCACAGGUAGCCUGCGAAAUUGGCGGCAAUGGAGUCGACCUAGAUUUGCACGCCAUCAACGGGUGGAUUUCGAGUGGUGGAAAGGCUUUGAUGAACGGUAUUCCCGUAUGCGCAUGCACUCUUCCGUUGAUGCUGGAGUCUUUCAUAUCCGUCAUGCGAGCAUGUGCACUUUUAGUAGACUUUGCCAAACCGCUUGUAGAUGUACUGGAGAACCUCAAACAUUUCCAUUGA